AAAGAAAAAGAAAAGAAAAUACCCACUUUCCUCGAAGGUUUGCUCAUAAAGUUUCCCCUUUUAAAGCUGUAAACUUGAUCUUGAAUCUUGAAGCCCCCCUCCCCCCCCCCAAAAAAAAAUGGAGAUUCUGAGAAAUGAUGAUGAUUUGGUGGGGGAGAUGAUGAAAAUGAUCGAAACAGUUGGAUCUUACAUGGGGUUCCGAAGAACACAAAGGAAAGAGUGUUUGAAGCUUGUGAGAAGAUUGAAGCUUUUACUCCCACUUUUAGAAGAAAUCAAAGAGAUGAAUCAAUCAAUACCCACAAGGGCAUUGCAGUCUUUUGUUAUUCUCAACAAAUCACUUCUUUCUGCUAAGAAAUUGCUAAAGCAUUGCAAUUUUGGAAGCAAGAUCUUUCUGGCAAUGGAGAGUGAUGCAGUUAUGAGUAGAUUUCAUUGUGUGUAUGAUAAGUUGAAUGAAGCUUUAGAUGGAUUGAUGUAUCAAGAACUUGGGAUCUCUGAAGAAGUUCAAGAACAAAUUGAUCUACUCCGGAAGCAACUACAAGGAGCAAAACGAAGAACGGAUACAUUAGACAUAGAACUAGCCAUGGACAUGAUGGUCAUUUUCUCGAAAAAUGAUGAAAGAAAUGCGGAUAUUGUAAUAUUAGAGAGACUAGCAAAAAAACUAGAUUUAUCUUCAGUUGGAGACUUGGAAAUCGAGACGGUAGCCGUUAGGAAGCUUGUUAAGGAAAGAGGUACCACGAAGCACGUAGAGAGCACUGAACAAAUCGUGGAUCUUUUGAGGAAAUUCAAACAAGUUGCAGGCUUUGAUGAGGUUAACCACAACAGUAAAGUUCUUGAAGAAUCUCCGUCAUUAAGAUGCUUGGAGAGAUGUCGGUCUAUGCUAAUUCCUCAUGAGUUUCUUUGUCCAAUAUCGCUUGAGAUCAUGACGGAUCCUGUUAUCAUCGCUACCGGACAGACAUAUGAAAGGGAAAGCAUCCAGAAAUGGUUGAAUUCAAAUCAUCGAACAUGCCCGAAAACGGGUGAAACUUUGAGUCAUUUAGCAGUUGCCCCAAACUUUGCGCUUCGCAAUCUCAUUCUUCAGUGGUGCGAAAAGAACAACUUUGAGUUGCCAAAAAGGGAAAGUUUCUCGAUUGCCGAAAACCAAAACGCGUUUCUAGACGAGGUUUCUUUGUUGGUUCAAAAUAUGUCGUCGAGUCAACUCAGUACACAAAGUCAAGCUGUCGAGAAGAUCAGAAUGCUGUCAAAAGAGAACCCCGAAAACAGAAUCUUGAUUGCGAAUUGUGGAGCGAUCCCGCCAUUGGUCAAACUAUUGUACUCUCCGAAUUGGAAAGUCAGAGAACAUUCCGUCACCGCGUUGUUGAAUUUGUCGCUUGAUGAGGCGAAUAAGAGACUUAUAGCACGAGAAGGUGCGAUUCCUGCUGUUAUUGAAGUUCUCCAAAAUGGCACAGAUGAAGCAAGAGAAAACUCGGCCGCUACUUUGUUUAGUCUCUCGAUGUUAAACGAAAACAAAGUGAUGAUCGGUAGCUUAAAAGGGAUUCCACCAUUGGUCAAACUGCUAAAAAACGGUACGGUUAGAGGCAAAAAAGAUGCUGCAACCGCGUUGUUUAAUCUUUCGUUGAACCAAUCAAACAAAACUCGAGCAAUCAAAGCCGGGAUCAUUGAGCCGUUGCUUCAUCUUUUGAAAGAGAAGUCAUUAGGGAUGGUUGAUGAAGCCCUUUCGAUUUUGUCGAUUCUUGCUAAACAGCCGGAAGGGCAAAGCGGGAUCGGGCAGUUAUCGGUUAUCGAGACGCUUGUUGGGUUCGUUAAGGAUGGAACCCCGAAGAACAAGGAAUGUGCGACGGCAGUUCUUCUGGAGCUCGGACUGAGUAAUUCUUGUUUGAUAUUGGCUGCACUUCAAUAUGGUGUUUAUGAACAUUUGGUGGAGUUGAGUAGAUGUGGAACAAGUAGAGCUCAAAGGAAAGCUAAUGCACUUUUGCAACAAAUGAGCAAAUGUGAGCACAUUCUUUAAGGAACUGUAUAUCAUCAUCCUGAAACCAACUGUGUUGUGUUAUAUAAGGUAACGGUAUCUGAGCUGAGUUGAGUUGAAUUGAGUUGUUUCUUGUAAGAUGCC